CAGAAGAAGAAGGUGAUGAGUAGCAUGGCGGCUUUCAGUCCAUUUUUGUCACCCAACAGUUUCACUCCUCUCUCUGGUACUGCUAAACACACAGACUACCAUUCAUCUUCUUCUUGUUUGAGUAGGUUGCUGCAGCAGCACUUGUACAAAACUACUACCACUAGUACUAGUAACAACAGCAAGAAGAGAGAAUUCCCAGUUGCAUCAGUGGCCGCUUCAAGUUCAAUAUCAUUCCCCUACCAACCACCUGUCAACGUGGACUACUUGGAGCAAGAGUUCAGCGGCCAUGGAGUAGUAUUCAAGGCCAUUGGCGACAGCUGUGUGGCUAAGAUGGAACUGGACAAUGGAAGUAAAGCCAUCAUGAUGCUCCCAAGUGGCCUUAUCACCUCCUACAAGGCUUCCAUGUGGCAUGGCGGCACUGUCGAGCUGCUGCAGUCUUCAGUCUCCGAAUCGGAGGAGAAUGGUGCCGGCGGUGCCGCUGCCGCCAUAGCCAUUCAAGGAGGGGUGUCUUUAGCCUUUGACUGUUCGCGUGAGGUGGGUCAGCAAGUUCCUUGGUCGCCGACGAACUGGGCUCUUCAUCAAAUUACAGGAAAUCCUCAGGAUCACAUUCAGGUAGAACUGAUUAGCACAGAUUCAGAGGACAUGGUUGAAAUCAAAUACAUUAUCACUCUCAAACAAGAUGUCUUAAUCUCAGAGAUUGUAGUCUCUAACUCUACAUCUUCAUCUCUCCAACUAACCGGCUCUAUUUUAAGUCAUCUGACAGUAAGCUCACCGGAUGCAACUUAUGCUAUUGGUUUGGAAAGAUCAGAUUUCUUUACCAGGUUGCCAAUUUUGUCAAGUUUUGGUAUCAUUCCUCACGACUUUGGCAUGAAAAAUGAAGCUCAGAUCAGCAAACUAUGGCAGCAAAUGGCUGGCUGGGGCCCAAAUAAUCAAAAUGAUGGCAAACAAGAAGAUACAAAUCAGAGAGGAAAUAAUGAAGAAGAAAUGGAGGGUGAAGAAGAUGACAACUAUAAGCAUUUAAGAGAGCAAAUGAGCCGAAUAUACACCAGUGCCCCUACCGACUUCACAAUCAUUGACAGGGGUAGAAGAAACUCAGUGGUAGUAGGAAGAGAUGGGUUUGAUGAACUAUACAUGUUCAGUCCUGGCUCGAGCCAUGAAGACUAUGGCAAGUAUGCUUAUAUAUGUGUUGGCCAAUCUGCCGUGCUAAAACCAAUAAUUGUGCGUCCUAAUGAAUCAUGGAGGGGCGGACAGCGCUUAUACAACCCCAAUCUCUAAUUUCUCAACACAUGACUCAGCUCUUAUCUUCUAAGCUUCGGUGUACCAAGCAUACAAAAGAAUGACUUUUAUGAUAUGAGAUUGUGUACAAAAAUGAUAAAAGUAGCUCAAGUAUGUUGUUUGAACUUUGAAACUCCAAUUCAUCUCAGCAUGUGAAAGAUUACAACUUUCAAACAUGAAA